AUGGGGCAGGCGCUGUGCGUCUGCUCCCGCGGCACCGUCAGCCUGGGGGGAGCGCGGUACCUCCUGCUCCAUCGGCUGGCAGAGGGGGGCUUCAGCUAUGUGGACCUGGUGGAGGGGCUGCGAGAUGGGCGCUUCUACGCCCUGAAGCGCAUCCUGUGCCAUGACAAGGAGGACCGCCAGGCUGCCCUGCACGAGGUGGAGAUGCAUGGCCUCUUUGACCACCCCAACAUCCUGCCCCUGGUGGCCCACUGCAUGGUGGAGAAAGGUGCCAAGCAUGAAGCCUGGCUCCUUCUGCCCUAUGUGAAGGGAGGGACCCUCUGGAGCGAGGUGCAAGCACUGCGAGAGAAAGGGACCUUCAUGUCAGAGCAGCGGAUCCUCCUCAUCCUCCAUGGCAUCUGCCGUGGGCUACAAGCCAUCCACAACAAGGGCUACGCACACAGGGACCUCAAACCCACCAAUGUGUUGUUGGAUGAGGAUGACCAGCCUGUGCUGAUGGAUCUGGGUUCCAUGAACCAAGCUUGCAUCAAAGUCAACAGCUCUCGGAAGGCCAUGGCUGUGCAGGACUGGGCUGCUCAGCGCUGCACCAUCUCUUACCGUGCCCCUGAGCUCUUCAUAGUGCCGAGCGAAUGCAUCAUAGAUGAGCGCACAGAUAUCUGGUCCCUAGGCUGCAUGCUGUAUUGCAUGAUGUUUGGGGAGGGGCCCUACGAUGCCAUCUUCCAGAAGGGUGACAGCGUGGCUCUGGCAGUGCAGAACCCCAUUACUGUGCCCCCCACAACCAGGUACUCUGCUGCCUUGCAGCGCCUGCUUUCCUCCAUGAUGACAGUGAACCCUCAGGACCGACCCAGUAUUAAUGAGGUCCUUCACCAACUGGAGGGGUUGCAGCCAGCACCAGAGGGCCAGGACACCACCCAGAUCUGAGCCUGCUGGCCAAGCCAGGGGAAAAGUGGCUGCCCUCAUCCCUGCCUCCCUGUGCAGCUGUUGCAGAGGAGACUGCUGCACU